UUUGUAUUUUUAUGAAUUAAUUUAUUGAAUGCAACCAGUCUGAUGCAGUUUUGUUGAAUAGUAGAUAAUCACAUUUUCCUCUGAAUUAUGUAAUCCUCCCAUCCACCUGUGAGCCUACCUCAUUGCAUGAAAGCAUUUUUAUAAUCGGCACAGUAGUUCCUGAGAGUAGAGUGUUUAAACUAAGAAACCCUUCAAUUUUUUAAUAUUUGUAUAGAUAGAUUGAUGGUUAUCAUCAUUAACAAUUGGUUUUGUAUCCUAUUCCUUUACACCCUUUUUAUUUUAUUCCCAUAAAAAAAAAAAAUAUCUGUUUCACUCAUGUAGGUAUUUAUUUCUUCAAAUAAACACGUUGACCACAAGUUCGACAAAUGUAAUUAUGUUAUUAUUAAGCUAAUAGCCAUUAGUCUUAAAAUCGAUGAGUAAAAUAUUUUCAUUAAAAAGUGUUGAAUCAGUAAAAAAAAUUAAAUAAUGAAUUCCAUGUCAAAGGCAAGGGUAGUGUAAAACAUAUUGAAGAAUUGAAAACCUCCCCCUUUCUGGGAAGUUUAUUAAACAUUUCAAGAAAACAAAAUCAAUACAAUACUUCAAUGAACCAGUUUGUAACUUGCUUGUAAUAGAUAGAAGGAGGUUAUUUUUAGUAAUUCUGCUGUUUGGUAAUUUAAGUUGCCAUGGUUAUUUAAUUGCAAACAAAUACUAUGCUUGAAUCAUGAUUAAUUUAUCGGCAAAAAAAUAUUUAUACAAGAAGUUGAUAGUGAAUUUGCCUAAUUUACGGCAAAAGUGAUGCUUUAAUCCGGAAUAGCACAAAGUUUUACGUAAAAUUCGACUUUAAAUGAGUUUGCAAAUGUCAAGUUUGUUACGAUGUACUACAGUGAAGAUGACGUUGAGCCUAAGACGGUUCAGAUCGCCGUCAUUGGUGAACCUAAAACUGGCAAGAGUUGCCUCUGCCACCGGUACCUGGGCGGGAACAGCCUGGCGCCGUCAGGCGGGACGCAGGGUGCCGAGGUGAUGGCGGGGCAGUGCGUGGGGCUGCGGCCCGCGGUGCCGCUGCAGCUGUGCGACGUCGCCGGCAACGCGCUGCAGACGCACAUGCUCGCUAACUAUUUAUAUGCUUCUGAUAUAAUUUUGUUCGUGUAUGACCUCACAAACUUACAAAGUUUCGAGAAAUUAAAGGAAUGGAUUAGGAAAGUUAAGGAGAUAUUCGAAAAUGAAAUGAAGAGGCCGUUGAUGGCUCUAUUCGGCAAUAAAUCUGAUUUAGAACACCAGAGGGCGGUGCGUCUGUCGUGUGUACAAAAAUUUGCGUCCGAACAUUUGCUGGAAAACUUCAAAGGAUCUGCACGGACUGGUGAUAUGGUGAGCCACGCUUUCACAAGCCUGGUAGCGCGCGCAUUAGGACUGAAGGUGCAUCGCUUGCCUCCUACUGUCGUCGACGGCAGGUCACUCGCACCCAAAGAACUGGAACUCAACGGCCACGCCCACUCGGAACCUAUGCAACCACUCAUAAUGAAUAGAAAAGCUCUCAGAAGGGUUCAGAGGAAAGCAUCAUCGACAAUAUGUAACAUGCAAUAAUAAAAUAUUUGUUUUAAUAA